AUGACCUCCUUAGACCGUCUCAUCCUCAAAGAGGCACCUCUCUUAGAUCCUACUUGGCUAGCGUUCGAGGAAGAAGUCAAAGCCAAAGGCCCAAAGAAGACAUACUCAUCAUCCCUCGACCGCCAGCCUGUCUACGCGGAAGAAUGCAGACAGCUCAACGCCCGAAUGCUCGCCCCCGGCGCACCAUACCACCACCUAUCGAACACCACACUACAGCCACUCACAACCCCCUCGAGUCUAGACCAGUUCGCCAUCCCGAUCCUCCGUUUCUCCGACGACACCGACGACACCGACAACAACACCACCGGCGACGAGAUCGUCGUGAUUUACUACCACGGCGGCGGGCUCUACGUCGGCGAGGCGGACAGCGAAGAGCUAUCAUGCAGACGCAUCGCCAAGGACCUGGAGGGCGCGACGGUGUACUCGGUAGGAUACAGACUCAUGCCCUCGUCCCCGGCCUCAACCUGCGUCUCCGACUCUCUCGACGCCUUCCACCACAUCCGCGCCCUCCACCCGUCCCCCGCAACCAAGCUCAUCGUCGUCGGCUCCUCCAGCGGCGGUCAGCUCGCCGCCGCCGUCUCGCAAGCCGCGCCCCGCGGAUCCCUCCACGGCGUCCUCUUACGCUGUCCAGUCACCAGCGACGGCGGGAGCUCUCUGGACUAUGUGCCUCCCUCCUUGCGACACGCGUAUACCUCCUCCACCUCGCCUUCCUUCGUCACGAGUCUGUUGGGCGUCUUCUCGCGCGCUGUCCCGCGCGACGGGCUGGAGAGGAUGCCGCUUGAGGCCGGUGCGGAGACGCUGGCUGCGCUGCCGAGGACGUGGGUGCAGGUUUGUAGUAAUGAUACGCUGUACUCUGACGGUGUUUGUUAUGCGAUGGCGCUUGCGGGGGCUGGUGUUGAGGUGAGGGUUGAGGUUGUGAGGGGGUGGCCUCAUACGUUUUGGUUGAAGGCGCCUUGGUUGGCGAGAGCUGUCGAGGCGGAGGAGGAGAUGGUUUGUGGGUUGAGGUGGGUUCUUGGGGGGUGA